GGGAGAUGGGUGGAGAGAGACAGCGGGCGAGCUGGGCUGUGCUGCAACGCCCCUGCUAUAAAUGGAAGGGCCGCGCAGCGGAGCGGGAGGAGCGGUGCGGCCGGGAAAGAAGAGCGCGGGGAGCCCAACCCAGCCCAGCCGAACCCGGUGCGGUGCUAGCGCCGUCGAGGCUGAGCCACCCGCCCCUGCCGGGCUGCGGCCGCUCCGUGCCCCGAGGCCGGCCCUCCGCGGAGCCAGGCACAGAAAAUUGGUAAUAACUGAAGAUGACCUCACAGCAGGAAAGUGAGAUCAAAUUGAGAAUGCAUCAGUGAGUGGCAUGAUUGAAGACAAGACAAGAAACAGGCUACAGCAAAAGAGGGAGAAAAGUAAAAAUAAAAAGCACAUCCUGCAGAAGAGACUGCAUAUUAUGCCUGUAGAGCUCUCUCAUCAUGGCUCCACCCUGGUGAUUUAGCUUAAUGGCAGGAAAAUGUCCUUUUGAAGAUUAACGUAUAGAUGUGAAUUUUGUAUUUUCUCCCUGAAACUAGGGGACAGCUGAGGAGAUCAAGAUGGUCCCAAAUUACUCUAUUGAAGAAACAAUUAAAAGAAUCCAUGUGGACUGUCCUGUUUCAGGCAGGCACAGUUACAUCUACAUUAUGGUUCCAACUGUUUACAGCAUCAUCUUUAUCAUAGGCAUAUUCGGGAACAGCCUGGUUGUUCUUGUCAUUUACUGCUACAUGAAAUUAAAAACAGUAGCCAGCAUCUUUCUUCUAAACCUGGCACUGGCUGACUUGUGUUUUUUAAUAACUCUGCCGCUCUGGGCAGCCUACACAGCCAUGGAGUACCAGUGGCCUUUCGGCAACUGCUUGUGCAAGCUGGCGUCGGCGGGGAUAAGCUUCAACCUGUACGCCAGCGUGUUCCUCCUCACGUGCCUCAGCAUCGACCGGUACCUGGCCAUCGUGCAUCCCGUCAAGUCCCGCAUUCGACGCACCACAUUUGUCGCCAGAAUGACUUGCAUUGCCAUCUGGCUCCUUGCCGGUGUCGCCAGUUUGCCCGUCAUCAUUCACCGUAAUAUAUUCUUUGCUGAGAACCUGAACAUGACAAUCUGCGGUUUGCGGUAUGACAACAAUAACACAACACUCCGGGUCGGGUUAGGUUUAUCCAAAAAUUUGCUGGGCUUUUUAAUUCCUUUUCUGAUCAUAUUAACAAGCUACACCUUAAUUUGGAAGACCCUGAAGAAGGCAUAUCAAAUUCAAAAAAAUAAACCCAGAAAUGAUGAUAUUUUUAAGAUGAUUGUGGCAAUAGUAUUUUUCUUCUUCUUUUCCUGGAUUCCUCAUCAAGUGUUCACUUUCCUGGAUGUAUUAAUUCAAUUACAUGUAAUAACAGACUGCAAAAUCAAUGAUAUUGUGGAUACAGCUAUGCCCUUCACCAUUUGCAUCGCUUACUUUAACAACUGUUUGAAUCCCUUUUUUUAUGUUUUUUUUGGAAAGAACUUUAAAAAGUAUUUUCUUCAGCUAAUAAAAUACAUUCCACCAAAUGUCAGUGCACAUCCCAGCCUAACAACAAAAAUGAGCUCUCUCUCAUAUCGGCCACCAGAAAAUAUACGCUUGGCCACUAAAAAGACUGCUGGGUCUUUCGACGCAGAGUGACGCACUUUGCAAUUCACUGUUUUUGAACAACCCUGUGAAUGAAGCAGCAAGAAUGACAAAACUCAUCUGCAGUCCUGAAAGUCACGGCUUACUGUUCAUUGCAGAAACAUUAGAUCACCUCAGAGAAAUCAUACCAUAAAGGUUUAGCAGUCACCUUUUAUUCUACACUGUUGAAGAGGACUGCUUGGUUUUUGUUUAGUUUGUCUUUACUGAAAGCAACAUAAAUAGCGGACAGGCACAUCGGAGUCUCCAUCAACAUCCUGCCGUUUACUCAGAACUACAACAGAAGGGUAGAGAAAGCUCCUAACUUAAGUUCAGAGAUCUCUGUAAAGGAAGAGCUUGUAUAAAUUAGAUUAAUUAAGAACGGCCUGUUUCAUGUAUACAUGAGCUAUUUCAAAUUGUGUUCAAGGAGUUGAUGAAGCUACACUGCUUGUUUUGUUGGUGUUUUUUUAAAUGACACAAUAUUUAUAAUAUAUUUUCAAAUAUAUACUAUAUAGAAAGGCCCAAUUUUAAAUUCAAAUGGAAAUUUAUGGUCCUUGAAAUUGGUCUCAUUCUGAUUUAUGCUACUAUUUUUCAUUCUUUAAAUGGAAAUUUUUUCAUAAUAAUAUAUGCAAUAAAAUGCAGAUUUAUUUAUUAAAUAUAGAAGAAAUAUAUUUUUAGAUUUAUAUUCCUACUCAUAGAUUUCAAACAUUGCUUCAUAAAUGUACGCUUAUAUCCCAGUGGGUAUUUUUAUAGUAGUUUUAAAAGAAAAAGUACAUACACCCCUGCAAAAAUGGGGUUCAUUCAACCCUUUUUCAUUAUAUGCCACAUGGAUUUUGAAGAAUAUUACUUACAAGAAUAUUACUUAUGGAGUGGUUUGACUCCAUAGUGACUAAAAGUAAAAUUCUGUAUUUGAAAACAUGAAUUUGGGGGCAGAGGUGAUCAGAAAACUUCAAACUGUUUUUGUAUAACCAGUGUACUCAGUGAGAGAAAUUACCAACUAAUCAAAUCCAAACAAUUUUCCAAAUUCCUGGAUGUUUAAUAAACUUACGUUCUGAUAAGGAAAAACAUGACAAUGCUUAUAUUAGAGUUUAAGUAAUAAUGCUUUUAGUCACAUCACAAAACAUCUGAGACCAAACUCUACUCUUGGCUUUUACAGAAAUUCUGUCCAUUUAUACAAAACUAAAGCCUAGACUAUUUGCUCCCCAUAUAACCUUUUCUUCUGUGUAUGGAGCCAAUUGAAAUCAAUGCUAGCAUAAAUCAGAACAAAAGUCAGGCUCAAACUCUCCGUACAAAUGAGGCGGGAAAGGUGAUAAGCACUCUAAGAAGUUUCAACUAAUGAUUUCUUCAUAUGUCCUUUUUACCAUAAAUAAUGAACUCCAGAAAAUAUUGACAUUUGAUUCACAUUCAUUUAUUGUCUUCAAAGAGAAAUGAGUUCAUAAGUACUUUUUGACAUAGCACAACUUAAGAAAAAUUCCAAAACUUUACAGAUAUCUUGUAGACAAAUAUAUAUCACCCUUGAAAAUUUGCAGUGUUUAUAAUCUUCAAAAAUAUACAUCUAACGUGGCUUUGUCUCAGGUAGCAAGUGGUUGGAUUAUCUGUAUUUUCUGAUUAGCAGUCUCUUCCAUAUAUGCAAAUAAUAUUUUAAAUUAUUUUUUACUUUAGGAAAUUAUUUUAAUUCAAAACAACAAAAACGAGAUAUUUCUGUAGUUUAACACUUUAAAAAAAAACAGGACUACAACCAGGUUUGGGAAUCCUGUGCCUCUUCCUUCUCUUUCAUUCACUUAUUUUAAGGCAAGUUUCUUCAGUUUUGCCUUUGUUCUUCCAGCUGCAAGAUGGGAACAAUCUCUACUUACAUGUGCCACAAGGCACUGUGAGGAUUCACUAAAACUUUUAAAGCUGUAUGUUUUUAAAAAAUCCUCUUUCAUUAAAGGUUUAAGUUAAUUUAAUUGCAAGGUAGUAUUCUCAGAAUUUGAAACCUGAGUGUGUCCUUUAGAGACACAGUUAAAUUAUUCCUAUUACCUACAAUACUUUAGUUUAUAUCUAUCCUUACACGUGCAUGCAAGACAGGGAUUUGUUAACACCAAAUAUGGCAAUAAUCCCAUGCAUUAUGAUUGUAGUAGCAGUGCCUCAGCACUGUGUAAGCUGAGGAGGCGUCCCUACUGAGGUGCAGGUAGGAGAUGGGCAGAGUACGUACUUGCCAACAGAGGAGGAGGGAGUAAGAUUUGUUUCCAUGUGACUUCGCCUUCUUUGGGAAACACUGGGUUGAGCCAUCUCAAUUUGGUAUCAAAAUAAGAAGUAGCUAUGUAUGUUUAAGAACAAACUCCCACUAUCUUAAAGGACACAAAGUUCAUUAAGAUGCAGUAGUAUGCUGUUAUUUUAAAAAGAAGUAUCCAAAGUGCUUUUCAUUCUCAGGCUGACCAAAGGAAAAUACUUGACAAACUCUUAGUCUGUCCCUGUACUCUCCUGGUGUGAGGAAUUCAAGCCAGUGUUACUGGGGACAGCAUACAGCCAGCCCUAAAUACAAGCACCACUACUCCAAAUCUAUCACAAUUAUAUUCUGUUGAUUUGUUUGAAUGGUUUCCUUCUGCUGGCAGAAUAAUUACUAAAUUACAUUAUGUUUGACAUGCGCAUGCAUAAUAUUUAUUUCUAUUUAUUAUGCAAUAGUAUUUUACAUGACUCAUGUUUCAUGCUCUGCUCUCUACUUACCCAUUAUAUGCUUGUCCUAAAUCAUACUAUAUAAUCUGCACUGGUUAACCUAAAUUCCAACAAAAAAAUUACAGAUAUAAUAGGGAUUAAUUUGACUUUUUGGCUUCACAAUUUCCUCAUGUUUACAUUGUUAAUCAAGAUGUUGCAGAAUACAUACAAGGCAAAAAGUCCUUUACUUUACUAGAACUACUAUUUAGGUGAUGGUUUUCAUCAUCUGCUUGAAACUGUGACAGCAGCAGAGAAUAUAGUAGGAUUCCCACGUUUGGUUUAGUUUUCCUUGUGUAGCUUCAGGAAUGAUUUAUCUUACUGACCACCUUUUAAACUAUACUGAACUGCAAGUGUUCCCAGGGAGAAAUUUGCAAUGGAAAGGAAAAACAAGUACUUGGGAAGGGGCAGAAGAUGGCCUAAAGCAGGGAUCUGCUGAUUUUGGAAAUACUUAGUGUUAAAUGUAAAUACUUAAUUUUAUUUUUGCAACAAAUAAAAAAAAUAAUACACACAAAAACAAACAAAAACCAAAACAAACAAAAAAACACAACCACAAACCAACACUAAGAAUAAAUCUCUCAGCUAAGUAGUAAAACCUAGAAAGUUUUGAGAGGCUCUUAAGUUUCUUAAUAGUGUCCUGCUCAGUUUGGAACAUACCAAACCAUUUUUAGCCUGCUCACAAGGUCAGGGUCUCCAGCUCUGCUCUUCUAUAUCACACUACAGGCUUGGCCAGACCAUCAUCCCACCAGCUUGUGCAAAGUGAUGAGGCUGUUCUAUCAAUCAUCGAGUCCAUCUCAACAGUGACCUCACUACCAAGGCUGAACUAACAAAUCCUCAAUGUUAUUGACACAGCUGUCAAGCUCAUUGUCACUGGCAAGUUCUGCAGAUGUGGCUGGACACUCAAGAAGUAGGUACGGAUCACAUUCGAGAAGAGCGCUGUGUGAUCUUUUUUAGCAGAGUAGCUCCAUGGCCUGCAGCUUUAAAAUACUUGGUAAAUUAAGUAACAAAAACUAGAUAUUAUUUUAUUUUAAAUGUUUUUGUGCAGUCAUAUAUUGUGAAGUGCUGGAUGUUGAUAUUCUCUAUUUCAAUAGAAAUAGUUAUAUAUUGUAGAAGUUUACUACUAUAAGAACUUUUAUUGUCUGAAGUAUUACUAAAAACAUACACGCUAUCAAUAGAUGUCUUUGUGAAAGCCAUCUCCACUGCUGUAUUAAUCCACCCAAAGCAAAGAGAUAUGUUUCUGUAUUAUUGUAAGUACUACACUACUAUUGGCAUAUCUAUAGCUAUAUCUCUUAAGCAAUAUCAUCCUUACCAAAUUAUUUCUAUGUAAUGCUGUAAUAUUUUAAACCACCCUUUCUCAUUCCGUUAAUCCAAAGUCUAACCCAGCUCCCUCAAAAUUCUUGAGAAGAACGGGCUGUGUCUGCACUUCAGAGUAGACAGGCUACCGAGCAAGCUCCAAAAUCACAUGUAGAACAGCAGUUCAGUAACUCACUUGUGUUUUCCAGAACUGGCUAAACUAAUAAAGUUUCCUUGGAACGGAUACUUAACAAAUUGGUAAUUUUCCUGUAUACAGAUUAGAGUUUAAAGCAGAAUUUUGGCCUAACUUUUUAGGAGCUUAAUUAAAUUAGAGGUACAAAUUUACCCAGAAUAUUAUAUCAAAUACAGGAUCACAUUACAUUAUGAAUAAUGGCCCUGAAAAGCUAGACUGACGCUGCCUGUAGCUGAGUAUUCAAUGUAAAUACAUCCACUUAUUUAGAAUAAGCUUUGAUGUCUCUAAGGAGCACCACAUUGUACAGUGCCUUCAGUGGAAACAGGACCAGGUUGCAGCAUAAGAGAGGACUGGUGCCUUUUUCUUUUUCCAAAAACGGUAGAAUGGAUCACAUAUUUCCAAUUCAAAUUUGUAUGAAAAUAAAACUGAAUUUCAUCUUGAAUAUCCCUAGUAAACCACACUUCAUACUCUGUUUUAUACUGUCACACACUGGAAAAAAAAGAAGUCAAGAACAGUUAAAGGCUGGGUCUAUGAAAUUCUUAUAGCUUAUCUACUUGAAUAACUUAUUUUUAUGUAUUUUAAUUAUUCCUCAGCUUCAUCUAUUGGUAGUGCUGUGAGGCCGCAGUCAAGCACAGGCCCUGGUACAGGAGAAUGUUAUGAACACAGAGAGAUAUGAUCCCUUGGAGCUUUACAGCCUAAUCAGAGGGUGAAAAAUUGUUUGAAUAGGGUGGAAAGCAAAGACUUGCUGAACAAAUACAAAAAAAAAACCACAACACAGAUAUUUCACCCUCCUAUUAAAUUAAAAAAAAAAGUGGGUCAAAAGGCUUCUCUCUCAUUGAAAAUAAGAAAGCAAAUAGUAGAAAAGAAAAUACUGAAAGGUUUUACGUUAUGAGCCAGAAACAAUUUACACAUAUACACAAACAGACUUUCAAGCAUCUGCAACUAAUAUUCUCAAGCAAAUGUGAACUCAACCAUUGUUAUGAAAUUGGAUAACCAGAAAUGUUUUAGUCAAUGGAUGUGUAUAAGAUAUUAGCAGCCAGUUUUUCACUAUUGAUGUGUUGGGUUUUUUUUCGCCACAAAAUUUAAAUUAUGCAUUAGAAACCCAUCAGAUAAUUAUACGCCCAGGAAAGGAAGACAGUGUACUCUAUAUGAACUUCCAUGAGCUUUACCUACCUAGCUUGAACUCCUCUUCAUGCUUAGUUGAUCACAAGAUGUACAAAUACACCAAAAAAAACCCAGAAACCAAACCAAAAAUAAAAUAAUUUCACAAAAACAUAACAUAUUAUAGUAGUGCUAUGCAUAUUUAGUUUUGCUGAACAGCUAUGAAAUAAAGUAUCUAAAAUAAGUUUUUUUUCACAAGUUUUUAUUCGCUUAAGAAGCUUUUUUUAAGCAUUUAUGAAGAUUCGGUUUUGCACUGUAAAAAAAAAAAAUCUCCAAGCAUGAUAAAAAUUUGCAGACCCAAAGCCCUUUUUCUGUGUAAGAGCACUGAUAAAGUGAGGGAAUGUGUAUGAUUUGCAGGAUACCUUUCCAAGACAGGUCAUAAAUCAAUGUAGAUGAUAUGUAGUUUUACCUACUAAAGAAUUGCUAAUGUUGCACCUGGGUUUUGUGAUAUGAUCACUCUAGACAGAAAAGUAAAGAAGCAGGCUAAAAAGCAUUCUUUACAUUAUUCACUAGACUGUACUCUACAAUGCACUGUAUACGUGUUAAAUCCAGCAAAAUUAUAUUUCUAAUAUUUAAUUUCUCUGCUUAUCUAUGAUAGUUCUCUGUACUGUCAUCUGUAAUUUUUACAUGAGCAUAGGCAGUAGAUAUGCACCACUGUUUCAGAAAAAUUUAUCACAUUAGACAGGUUACUGUCUAACAUAACUGUGCAAAAAAGUAAACAUUUUUCACAGAAGCAUCAGCAUCAGACUGGCUGUAUUUUUCAAUAGUAAAAUAUUAAAAAAUCAAAAAUACUUUAAAUAAGUGUUGGUUUAACUUAAUCUUCACACCGUGUGACUAGAUUGUUUCUUCCAAGUUUUGUUUGUCAAACCUUCAAGUAACUGUGUUUUUAGCUUUAACUCCCAACACAGGUAGAAGGAAAAGGACAAGAACACUGGAUUCUAAAUGAAAAUGAACAUUAUCUGUACAGCUCAUACCCCAGAAAUUCUGAAGUUGCACAUAAUUUUGUUUUGAUGAACAAGGUUUGUGACUCAGCUUCCUCUUAAAGAAAACUGUAAAUGUUUACUGGAAAAAUACAUUGUAUUUAUUACUCAA